UACUGCAGCACCCCGCCUGACGCGAAAACACAACUCGCAUGUUCGCGGCGGCAGCGGCGUGUCCUGUUACCAGCACGUGUCUAACGAGCACUUUGAGUGUCUCAUUCAGCAAAAUAAAAUGUCACAAGCGUCAAACCGGGACGACGCGUCUCCCAACUGGAUCCUUCAGCAUCCAGCUUAUCAACAAAUGAAGAGUCUGGAGAUUGAGGACAGUGCUCAAGUGCACGCGGCUUUCCUCGUGUACAUGGAUCUUACCGAGGUGCGCCGGUGGAAAGAGGUGUCGUGUGCAAAGAGCCCCGAGCUGCAGGUGAUUCUGCUGGAAGGGAGGGAGAAGGAAGGAGCGCCCGUCCAGACGGUUCUCCCGCUGCCCGCUCACCGCUCCCUGAGCCACCAAAGCAUACGCCAGGCGCUGGACAGAGGCUUCCCCGUGCUGCUGUGUGCCGUGGCCUCCGACUCCACCCUGGUCUACCAGAGGAUGACGGACGGCUUGGUGACACCGGACCCCCCCGCCGGCCCCUUCCAGGAUCUGGGACGCCGGCAGCACCGCAAGAGACGGCAGAAGCACUGACCGACAUGUUGGGUGAUUUUUGGUGAGGCAUAGAAGAGCCCCGUCGGGAGAGGCGGGCGCUUAUCCGUCCGUCUGGGUAAGCUGCACCUGAAGUUGAAGGUGUGCAGAGGACGCGGCAGCAGGUGCAAAUGGACCAAACCACUGGGCUCAUAUUGGGGCCCUUGGCAAGGAACAUCUGUCGAUAUUCAACCAGCAAACUCUAGCUUAAAAGAAGAAAGCCAUUUGACCCUUUGUUAAAAGUCUGACUGUUGUUUGGGAGAUCUGAUGACGAGGUUCUUCCUCCACGUUAGCAGAGAUAACCUUCCACCCGAAAGUAUGUGCUUACCUGCCCCCGUUUACAACAUUCAAGUCUGACUGGAUGAGUUGGAUCUCAACAGACGUUGUUAGAUUUUUGACGCAGAUACAAAUCGUUUUGAAAGGAACAUUGACCGACAUGGAAAAGAUUACAAAAAGUCAUUUAGUUAAACCCAGUCGCAAGAGAUAACAAGAUAAGUCAUUAAUUUGCAACGAUACUUCAAAUGUAUUUUUACGUAUUAACUAGCUAACUAACGGCGUCGCAGCCAAUUGGAUGUAUCAUUUAUUGUCCCACCUGUUUUAGUUCUUAGUCCAGUGCUCAUAGUGACACAUUGACUAACAUGACAAUGUUCCAACUAAGCUGAAUAUUCCACCCGUCUGCCUUAUUGCAUGCAGUGAACACAUUUUUAUUCUUAUAUAAAACGCCCUUUCAUGAUGUAUAUGAGCAGCUGUGUUCUCCCUUCUGACCAUGAAUGGGGACCUCUUUUUAUUUUUGGGCCCCGGCUUUCUGCUCCAGCCUCUCGACCUGUUUAGUUGCAUGUUGGUUUGUGUACAGUUAAACAUGCAAGAAGCUCUCAUUACCGACUGCAUUGAGCUGCCCAACAAUAAUCAUAUCACACACGUUUUCACCAGCUCCAGUGUUUUUUAUAGUGUGACAAGUUAUAUCAGCAUAUUUAAUCCUAUUAGUUCCUAUUGCACUGAUUGGAGUAGCCUGUAUAUCUGACCACAUUAAUAACCGGCUUCUCUUCAGCAGUAACACCAUUUUGUCAGUUGUGUGAAUAAGUUACUGAAAACACUUUAUUUUUUCUAGAAAAACAAAAAAAUUCAAAAAGAAACCGAACACGACAACAUAACACUGGUGAGCGAAAUACACGGCCCGACUUGCGUGACGAAGCAGAGUCCACGCGGCCUGAUGCAGAAGCACAGACCUGCUGUUGGAGUGCACGAGUGUGAGUGAGUGUUAAUGGUGCGACAGUGUCCUAAUUAAAAGGAUCGACUUUUAAAACACGAGACAAGAGAUUAAAACACUUCAACCCUGAGCCUUAUUCAACGUAAAUACUCUACAUCGUAGCAGGGACGGACGGACGGACGCGGUGCCGUAGAAAAGAGGUUCACACGGUGUGUUGGAAUGCAGGAAGCGGCCCACCUGUUGACUUUUUCAGGGGGGCGACGGGGAAGGAAAAUGUUUAAAAUGACGCAGACAGAGAGAAUCUUCACUUUGACGGACCAAGAAUGCCGGUAGCUUCUGUUGUUGGAGGUUUUCACGCGCCAACAGUCUGAAUGUUCCAAAAGGUUUGAAGGAAGUCUUAACAGCCAUGUUUACGUGGACCUUCUCGGACCGACGUGACCGCAAUCCCGAACGCUCAUCCAACAACUUCAGUAAGGAAGAAAUCAUAAAAAAAAAAAAACUUCGAAUAACUAAAAUCUUUAAGAGUGUUGUGGUCCUUUCCUUCGUGGUUGACGUAUUGGCGGGGUCUAGUGUGAGCAGGAGGUCAAAAAGGUCCUUGAUUCAAGUCAGCACUCCAUUUUUCUCGGGCGCGUGCACACAAAGCGGCCGCCGUCCUGCGCGGUACGACCCGUCCAUAACGUGACAGUCCUCUCGUAUCGGGGGCCAACGGAUACUCAAUCGCACUGCUUUGUCGCAUCGUCCUGCUCCGAGUAGUCCUGGCCCUGUAAACAAAAGAGAUGUGAGCCCACGUUACAUUGGUCUGUUUUGAUUCUCAAAGCCGACACAACUCACAAUCAGAAUGAGCCAAUUGUCCCCCGACCUGCUGGAGAUGAUCGAAGUGGAAGCCUUAUAAUCUGCUAUCAUUUAUCACGUAACCUUUAUACCAUGAAGCGAUACCACUCAUUAAUACGCCCAGUUUCUCUAAACACAUCUGCUACUCGACCAGAUCCAAACGGCUCUGUAGCUCUCAGUGGAAAGUACAGGACGUGACAGAUUGAGGCUUUUUUUUUCUAGUAUCACAUCUGCUGUGACCAUUUGCCACAGAUUUGAUGCAGUGACAGGAUUAAUCUCCAUCAUGUCAUUUAGCAGGAGAUUAAAUAAAAAGUGACUCCAAU